AUGGCUGGGGUGCGAGGGUUGUUUAAAGCGUUCCCUGUCGCACUUAUCAAAGAGUUUCAGGCUUUUGGGUGCUAUUUUGCGUCGUUCGAAGUAUCGGCGUACUGGCUCUGCCAUACCGCUGGCAAAGAGAGGUCCAGCAUGAGUGUUUGGGAGACUAUUCCUUGUGGUGCGCUUGGAGGUAUUGGGUUCUGGGUUGGAAGUUUCCCUAUUGAUGUCGUCAAAACGAAGUUGCAGAAUGAUGGCUUCGGGAACAAUGCUCGUUACCGUAAUACGUGGUCAGUGGUCACCCAUACCUGGCAAACGGGUGGCAUGAGAGCCUUCUGGAGAGGGUUGGCACCCACUCUGAUCAGGACUUCGUUAUCUUCAGCAGGAUGUUUUACAGUCGUGGAGCAAAUCAGGCGUUGGAUGUGA